CAACUGAAUUCAUUCGCUACGCAACAACUGAACCGAAAUGUAUUCCAAGUCUUGCUUGAUUACCCUCAGUGUGCUGAGCUGUGUUCUCGCUGUGCUCAGCGCCGCUGUGGAUCAAUCCCAGCUGCCGUCCAAGUCGGAGCUGGUCGUGGAGAAGCAAGUGGAUGGCCAGCAGCCAGCUGUGCCCGUCGAUGUGAAUGCCGUGCCUGAGCAGUGUCAUCAGCCAAAGGAGACGGGACGCUGCUUUGCGCUCUUCUAUCGCUUUGCCUACAAUCUGGAUACUCAGUCUUGCGAAGAGUUCAUCUAUGGCGGAUGUGCGGGUAACAGCAACAACUUUGACACCAAGGAGCAGUGUGAACAAGUCUGCCUGGCCAAAGUGGCACCAACUACAGCACCAUCCACAGCUGAAUCUGCGACUGAAUCUGCCACCGAACUGACUACCGAGCAACAGCAGCCAGAGUCCACUAGCAGUUCUACACAGGCCACAAAAGUUUAGUGUGAAGCACACGUUCAUUUAGUAUAUAAGUAUCGUAUUAUUAAAAUAAACUUUCUCGUUAUUGCGAAAUGCAAGUACUUUAACUAUAUGUUUACCUACAUAUAGGUAUUUAUUCUAUGCCUAUGUUUUGUACCAGGAGCGU